CACAAAAAGUAGACCAAUAUGGCUGCUGACGGUAGCAGCAACAGCGGCACUGCGGCAGGUGUGCCAGCUGCGUCCCCCGCGACACCCAGAACACCCACGACACCGCUGCUGCGUCAGGGCUCGUCCACGACCCGUGUGUCCAACUCGCUGUUGGGAAAGAUACACAGUGCUAUGUACUACCAGAACUGGUCGCUGAUCAUCUCCGCGCUCUCGCUGCUGGCCUCCGUCGUCUACUUCUACAAUGCGCUCGCUCUGAUGAAGUCUGGCUCAGAGGCAAGCCUCUUCAACGACAUCCUCUCCGAAUACUCCAGCCCGCAAAUGCUCGACAGUCUUCGGACACUACGGCGCUUCUACGACACGCACCAAGAUGACUACGCGGCGGUGUUUAUUGAGGAGUACAAGCACAACUCGGACCAGGCGUGGGAGCUGGAGCAUGCACGCAGGCGUGUGGAGGCGUGGUACUCCAAAGUGAUGCACUUCCACCAGUUUGACCUGCUGCACGACAAAUAUCUGUCGGUGUUCCCUGGGCGGAGACGGGCCAUUGCGUUCCUGCAGCUGGUGGAGCCACUGUCCGAGGCCCUCUCGCGCUUCCACGAGGCAGACAGGCCGGGCGUGUUUGCAUAUGUGCGCAAACUCUACCACCUCACAGACAAGGACACUGCGCGCUCCUUCCCAAAGGUGCAGCAGAACUACAAAGACAAUCACAGCGGUGGCGACGGCAGCAGCAGCACGCAACCUGCGGCAGCAAGCAAGGAUGAGCUGUAAGCAAGGCGGCCGCGUCACGUGCCAGUCAUUGCAUGUACGAGUGUAUGCACGCUGUCAUCUUGUGGCGAUGCAUUCUUGCUCUUCUUCGAUGGGCAUGUCUUAAGCGGGUGCCAUUGUGUACUGCGUGCACCAUGCGAUUGCGAACCCGCGCGCUGUUAUAGCGUCGUGCGUGUUGUCGCGUCGUGCGUGUUGUCUCUCCCAUCAUAAACAACCCUCCAGUGAA